UUGAGCACGCGCCGCUGCUUAUGUCACGGCAGCAGCAUCAGCAGCGGUCGGUUCGGCUGAGGAGAGCGGAGGACGGGAUGAAGGAGAAGACGACGGUGAUGAUGGCGACCGUCACAGACAUUCUUUAACAGGAAACAAAUACCAAGCAGCUCUGCGAUGGAAGGACAUGUUCCCGACCAGGAGCAGCUCCUGCAGUUUCUCAGGAGGCUCAAGGAGGUUUUCGACGUCUGUGACGAGGAUGCGGACGGAUUCAUCCGUGUGGAGCACCUGGUGGACCUCGGGCUGCAGUUCGGCCAAGGAGACGAGGUCAAGAAGUUAACCAGAUACCUGGAUCCUAACGCUCAUGGGAGGAUCAACUUCAAAGACUUUUGCCACGGAGUGCUCGCCAUUAAAGGUUGUGAGGGGAUCCUGAAGAUGGCUGUGGGUCCUCGCAGUGUGGCCUCCACCCAGCCGUCUGUCACUGACAAUGGUUACAUUUACCAGAACGGCGAGGCCAAGCUGGGCCCUCCCAUCAUCAUGUGUACGCGCUCUUACCCAGAUUGCAACGCGUACGGUGAGGGUUGUGCUGACGGGGAGUGCGCUAUGGACAGCAGUGCUGAAAGCGGCUGCGACUCUUUGCGUCCAGCCCGGCGGGACAGCCGCCUGAUGGGCUCAGCGUCUGUGAUCUCCAGGGAGGAGCAGUUUGAGGACUACGGGGAGGGGGAGGACGUGGAUUUCACUCCCAGCAGCCCUUGCCCAGAAGAGGAGACCCGAACAAACGCCUUCUCCAACCUGGGGUCCUCGCUUCCCUCCAGUGCGGGGCAGACUCCUCAGAAGAUGCGGCAGCUGUAUAACAGCGAGCUGCUGGACAUCUACUGCUCUCAGUGCUGCAAGAAAGUGAAUCUGCUCAACGACCUGGAGGCCCGCCUGAGAAACCUGAAGGCCAACAGCCCUAACAGAAAGAUAACCAGCACAGCGUUUGGACGUCAGCUGUUCCAGGCCAACCACAAUGUGUUUGGAUCGAGUCAGGGCAGCAGCACGGAGGAUCUGUUCACCGAUAGCAUCGACUCCUGCGACCUCGACAUCACAGACAAAGUCAGCUAUCUGGAGAAGAAGGUGACAGAGUUGGAAAGCGACAAUCUGGCCAACAGUGACCUCAAGUCUAAGCUCAAACAGGAGAACACACACCUCGUACACAGGGUGCAUGAGCUGGAGGAGCAGGUAAAGGAUGCUGAGGCGAGGGCCGAUCAGAGUCUGCAGGAGGAGACCAAGAGGCACCGGGAGGCCUACAGCAAGAUGGACCGGGACCGAAACCUGGAGAUAGACCUGCUCUCUAACAGGCUACAGCUGUUAGAGGAAGAGAACGGAGAGAUGAAGAUAAAUGUGUGCCGACUCAAGUCUCAGACUGAGAAACUGGACCAGGAGAAGCAGAGGAUGACAGACAAGCUGGAGGACACGGGUCUGAGGCUGAAGGACGAGAUGGACCUCUACAGGAAGAUCAUGGACAAACUGUGGCAUAACCGCCACGAGUUCCAGAAGGAGAAGGAGGCCAUGCAGGAGCUGAUCGAUGAUCUGCGCCGCGAGCUGGACUACCUGCAGCUCUUUAAGAUGGAGAUGGAGCAUCCAGGACAGGGAAAGAGCCUUUCCAGGACCAGAGAGACCGAGAUGGAACACGAAGUCAAGAGGCUGAAACAGGAGAACUUUAAGCUGCGGGAUCAGAACGAAGACCUGAACGCUCAGAUCCUCAGUCUGAGUUUGUACGAGGCCAAGAACCUGUUCUCCUGUCCGUCCAAGGCCCAGUGCCUGGCAGCUGAGAUCGACAACGCGUCCAGAGACGAGCUGGUGGACGCGUUGAAGGAGCAGGAGGAGAUCAACUUGCGUCUGAGGCAGUACAUGGACAAAAUCAUUCUGGCCAUCCUCGACCAUAACCCCUCCAUCCUGGAGAUCAAGGGUUAAAGGACACGCUCACACAAGCACUCGUGUUACUGUACUCACCUUAAAGUUAUAAUCCUCAUGGUUACUCUCUGACAGAAACAAACAUCCUGCUUCUAAUGGACUGAUGACCACAUCAUAUUUUUUCUAGACGCACUUCUGAUGAAUAAUGGGGUACAGCGACACUGGCUUACACACUGAAUUGUUUCCUGUCAGUCGUUCAAAUUUCGAAUACGGAAACGGUGGCCACUUACAAUAAACAGCUAUAUAGAUAAUUACCCAUGAUCAAAUACAGGAUCUUAUUUCAUGAAAAUCAUCAGGAUUAUAACUUCACAUUUGGAAUGUGCUAAAUAUUCUCACCGACUAUAACUGAAACAGUCGUCACAUACACAAGCAUCUUUAUUUUCCAGUAGUACCAAACGCUUAUCUCUGAGGCAACCACUGUAGAACUGCUGUGUCAUGUUAAAUCUGUCCAAUGUUUUCUAACUAUAUAUUCAAAAAUGUGAGGAAUGGGAAGUAGUUGGGAGUGCACAAAAACAUAUUUUGGUGAUUUUCUUGUACACACUGUAGUAAUUAUUACUGAUUCUAACUGUAGGCCAGAAGUGAAGGACAUAAAGCGAAUAAUGUUUGAAGGACCAUAGCAGUGUUUGGCAUGUUUCUACAAAUUAAAACAGGUCGUCAUGUUAAGUGCUAAGGUAAUAUGAAAAUCAGUUUGACUUAGAAUGAGGCUCAAAAU